CAACUUCCCCACAGAACAGGAAAUAGAGCCCACUAUCAAACAAGUCUCAGUAUUCAUACCAGUUCCAGUUCAACCCCACGUGUGCAAGGUGCACAUGUACUUUAAGACACAAGAACUACAGAUACAAUAUCUAACGUUGACUCUAUGACUGGAGAGUAACCCGGGAGAUCGUUCGACUACAAAGAUGGAGGACAUAGACGCCAUGUUCACUGACCUGCUGGGAGAGAUGGACCUCCUGACACAGGGUCUUGGGUAUGAAACGGAUCCCUCAGAAAUGUCAUCCAGCAGUUCACAGAUAGAAAACAACUUCUCAAUUGGGUUCACAGAUUUGAAAGCAUCUCUAAAUGAGCUAGAGGAUCAUGACCUUGACGCGCUGAUGGCUGAUCUGGAGUCAGAUUUGACGGAGACAGAGGAGACACUGAAUGCAGCCAAGAUGGGACAUGUCCACACACAACAGCACAAGUCUGGCUACUACACCCCGCAACAAAAUGUCCAAGCAUCUAUCCCCUCAUCCCAAAUGUCAUCCUCCUCCUCCUCUCUCCUUCCUGAACCACUAGUAGCGGGAGAGGCUGAAGCACAAGUCAAAGCUGACAAAAUCAAGCUGGCUCUGGAGAAGCUAAAAGAAGCCAAAGUUAAGAAGUUGGUGAUCAAGGUGAUGAUGAGCGAUGGCAGCUCCAAGACACUGAUGGUGGACGAGAGACAGACGGUGAGGGACGUGCUGGAUAAUCUGUUUGAGAAGACCCACUGUGACUGCAGCACGGACUGGAGCCUAUGUGAGACCAACCCUGAGCUGCAGGCUGAAAGGGGGUUUGAAGACCAUGAAUAUCUGGUGGAGCCUCUUUCUGCAUGGACACGAGACAGUGAAAACCAAAUCCUUUUCCUUCUGAGACCCAACAAAUAUCUCCUCUUCAAAGACCCCCAGACAUCCAGGGACCUGGCGUGCUUCAUUCAGUUUGACAAAGUCAACAUCUACACCGCCACUGAUUACAAACAGAAAUACAAAGCACCCACUGACUUCUGCUUCAUCCUCAAGCAUCCUCAGAUCCAGAAGGAGUCCCAGUACAUCAGGUUCCUGUGUUGUGACGAUGAGCUCACUCUCUCCCUCUGGGUCAACUCCAUCAGAGUAGCCAAGGUUAGACUUUACUCAUACCCUUUACUCUUACCCUUUACUAUGGGAGCACCCUUGUACCACAACUAUCAGAGCAGCAGUGAGGGACGAGCCUUAACCACCACCUCCACUCUUGCAUGUGACCAGUCGUGCCUGCUCUCCAGCCCCCCCACACGUUCUACUGGGCACAUAGCAACAGUGAGGGCCAAUGGACACCCUGAUCAGGACUACCUCUCUGAACCGCCCCCAGACUUUAUUCCCCCGCCCCCUCCUGGGUGGGGCUCUGGGGUCUAGGGAUGGAGCUCUGUCCCCUCCUGGGUGGGGCUCUGGGGUCUAGGGAUGGAGCUCCACCCCCUCCUGGGUGGGGCUCUGGGGUCUAGGGAUGGAGCUCCGCCUCCUCCUGGGUGGGGCUCUGGGGUCUAGGGAUGGAGCUCCGCCCCCUCCUGAGUGGGGCUCUAGGGUCUAGUGAUGGAGCUCCGCCCCCUCCUGGGUGGGGCUCUGGGGUCUAGGGAUGGAGCUCCGCCCACUCACCCAUGACUACUGUAGAGGACAUUCUCAACCUACCUACAGACAGGCCCAGUGUUCAUGGACCAGAGCGAUGCUUGCAAAAAUAGCACCUCAGGAGGUGACAGGCCCUGCUCCAAUACUUCAAAAUGCAUUCUUCCUUUCUUCCCUCCUUCUUUAAGUAACUGAUCUGACAAGAUAUGAUUGGACAACGCAAUGCAGAAGACAUUUCCAAACCAGUGCCUGAUGGGAAAGGGGGGAUACCUAGUCAGUUGCACAACUGAAUGCAUUCAACCGAAAUGUGUCUUCCGCAUUUAACCCAACCCCACGAUGCAUGUUCUUGGGUUAUUUAUGUAUUGAAUUUGAUUAUUUAUGAUGAAUUUGAAUUUGAUUAUUUAGUCAGAAUUAAUAAAACCUAAGUUAACCACAGUAAAGCUAUGUUGUAAUUGCAACCUGAUGAAGAUGUACAGCGUGUUGGUAUGAAGCUUUAUCAACACGGACAUAAUUGGCUAAGCCAGAUCAAUUCCUAUAGUAUAACAUGUCGACAGGCAGAUAAACAUGUCUUUGGCAUUGUGCUUCAUGUCUACCAUACAAACUCCUGUUACUA